GCGGGGGUCUUUAGAUGUUACAUGUUCAGUUGUUACGAAUACCCCAUAAUGUGGCAUAUUUGACUUGAUAAUACGAUACACAUAAAUUUUAAUUUGUAUUCCAUUUGUCUAAAAUUAUUCCCGGUGCCUCGACUGUUUCCGUUAAUCACGUGACGUAAACAGGUCUCGGCGGUCCGCAAAGUCUCAGCUGUCAAGAUGGCGGAGCUCCACCAUCAUCACAAUUUCUCGCUGUGCUUCUGUGAUUUCGUGAGGCUGCUUUGGUCCUUGGUGGUCCCCUGCCUGGUCCUGAGCCUGCUGCUGACCCUGUUCCUUUUCCUGCUCCUGCUGGGGCUCCGUGCAUGGCUGCAGGGCCGCCGGAGAGCCCAGGCAAGCGGCCCUGCGGUGGCUUUCUUCCACCCGUACUGCAAUGCCGGCGGAGGUGGGGAGCGCGUCCUCUGGUGCGCCCUCAGGGCCCUUAUGCACCGGUAUCCCGACGUCUCCUUCGUGGUCUACACAGGCGACCAGGGAGUGACGAGUGCCCAGAUUCUGGAGCGAGCCCGGCAGCGCUUCGACGUCAAGCUGCCCCGGCCCGUCACCUUUGUCUUCUUGCAUCGCCGUGCCUUGGUGGAGGCCUCGUCCUACCCUCACUUCACCCUGCUUGGCCAGAGCGCCGGCUCUAUGGUCCUAGGCUGGGAGGCUCUUAUGGCGUUUGUCCCCGACGUGUGCGUGGACUCAAUGGGCUACGCCUUCACGCUGCCCAUCUUUCGCUAUCUGGGAGGCUGCCAGGUGGCCAGCUACGUCCACUAUCCCACCGUCAGCACCGACAUGUUGUCCGUAGUUCGGGAGAGGAACCCCAGGUUCAACAAUGUGGACUCGAUCAGCAAUAGCGUCAUGCUGAGCGCGGUAAAGGUUUUGUACUACUGCGUGUUCGCCAUCCUCUACGGGCUGGCGGGCUCCUGCAGCCACGUCAUCCUGGUCAACUCCACGUGGACGCUGGGCCACAUCCUAGCUCUGUGGCGCUGCCCGGCCCGCACUGCCGUGGUCUACCCACCCUGCAACGUAAAAGCCUUCCUGGACGCGCCACUGGGCCACCGGGACGAUGAGGGUGACAAAGACUGGGAGGAGCUGGGAUGUGAGGAGGAUGCGGGAAGGGACGGGAAGUGGCGCUCCAUCGUGUCGGUGGCACAGUUCCGGCCGGAGAAGAACCACCCGUUGCAGAUUCGAGCUUUUCGCAAGUUGCUGACCCGGAGGCCGGAGGAUUCUUCUCUGCGGCUGGUUCUGAUUGGCGGCUGCAGGGACCGCGAGGAUGAGGAGAGAGUGGUCUCCCUGCAGCAACUCUGCCAGGACCUGGGCGUGGAGGACCGCGUCCACUUUAAGCUGAACCUGCCAUUCAAGGACCUGAUGAGGGAGCUGGUGGAUGCCACCAUUGGCCUGCACACCAUGUGGAACGAACACUUUGGCAUCGGCGUGGUGGAGUGCAUGGCGGCCGGCACGGUGGUGCUGGCCCACAAGUCGGGCGGGCCCAAACUGGACAUCGUGGUCCCGUAUGAGGGCAUGCGCACGGGCUUCCUGGCCGACAGCGAGGAUGAUUACGCUGCCGCCAUGGACACCAUCCUGACGCUGACGCCGGAGCAGCGCGCGCAGAUCCGACGCAACGCUCGGCGCUCAGUGAUGCGCUUCUCAGACCAGGAGUUCCAGGCCUCUUUCCUGGCCGCAUGCGACUCGCUGAUGAGCCCGCUGGAGCGGUGAUUCAGGGAAAAGAUUAUGUCGUGAUGCCAAAGAAAAGGACAUAGGAUCAGUGGACGGCCAAUAGAAAUCAGCAUGACAAUAAGAAAAAAAAUCCACAGAGCGAAAAAAAAAAUGUCCAUGGUCACAUACAUGCAUGUGUAAUGUAUG